UUCACACAUCAAUAACAGCGGAUCCAAGAUGGCGGCUGAAGGAGACUACGAGUCGGUCCUUUGCGUUAAAGCCGAGGUUAACGUUUACCGGAUUCCCCCGCGAGCGUCCAACCGCGCAUACAGGGCAGCAGACUGGAAGCUGGAUUGUCCAGACUGGUCUGGUCGGAUGAGGAUCACAGCCAGGGCCAAGAUGGCCUUCAUCAAACUGGAGGACAAAGUCUCAGGGGAGCUGUUUGCCCAGGCGCCGGUCCAGGAGUAUCCAGGAGUCGCCGUGGAAACCGUCAGCGACUCCAGCAGAUACUUCGUCCUGCGAAUACGAGAUGAUAAUGGUCGCAGUGCUUUCAUCGGUGUUGGUUUUGCAGACAGAGGAGAUGCCUUCGACUUCAACGUGGCGUUGCAGGAUCAUUUCAAAUGGGUGAAACAGGAGAAUGAACUGAAGAAAAGUGCACAGCUCAGGGAUUCAGGACCAAAGCUGGACCUGGGCUUUAAAGAGGGUCAGACCAUCACCCUGAACAUCGGGCAGGGUAAAAAGAGGGACAAGCCCCGCCCUCAUGGCCCAGGUGGAUUGGGCGUCCUACCACCACCCUCUGGAGGCAAGAUAGCCCCCCCUCCUUCAUCAGGCUUAUCCAGUCACAACACAAUUCCCCAGACGGGAGGCACAGCGACAGUGUCUCCGCACCCCUCAGCCUGUCUUCUACAGUUGGACAGCACUAACUCCAACUCUGUGUUUCAGUCCAAUCCUAGUUCAGAUCUGUGGGGAGACUUCACUGCUCCUGCAAGCUCUGUUCCUCCACCUUCACGACUCCAGAACUCCACCAACUGGAUCCAGUUUUGAGUCAUCCUGGUUCAGCCAUGGUUUCCAUCUCACCUGCAUCUUGUUUGUUGCUUCCUUCGUCCCACUAAGAGUGAAACCACCACAGCAGAGGUGUGGACGUCUGCAUCAUGACCCCAGUGCACUCUGGAAAUCUGUCCUGAAUCUAUUCAAGCCAUUCCACCACAAGAGCCAUGUCCAAUUCUAUUGAAGGGCUAUGUGUGAUGUGGUAUAUAUGUUCACCCCCCCUUCCCUUCUGAACUGAGCUUUGGCUUUGUUCCAGCUCCCCCUUCAGACCUUGUUGGCUUUGUUCCAG